UUGUUUUGUCUUCCUCUACAGUAACCCUGAUUUUUAUGUUCACCAAAAUACAAGCCCCACUUUUUGAUUAGUUUCCACCACCACCACCACCAAUAGAUUUUGGAGCCAAAGGAAAAUCAAAGGAAACAGGCAAUCUUGUUUGUGUGUGUAUAUAAUCGUCAACCCUAUCGGUUCCAAAUAUGUCAAAUAUUACAGGUGAUGAUGGAAGCUUCUCUUCAGGGAACACAGGAGAGGAAGUCCUGCGGAAACCACAGCUGCAAACCAAUAACUUUCCAGCAUCAGCUUCAGCUGCUUCAAACAGCAAUGGCUCAUCCUCCCAACAGCCACUUCAAGCAGUUAAGAAGAAAAGAAAUUUACCAGGAACUCCAGAUCCAGCUGCUGAAGUUAUUGCUCUAUCACCGACAACGCUCAUGGCCACGAAUCGAUUUGUAUGUGAGAUAUGCAACAAAGGGUUCCAGAGGGACCAGAACCUGCAACUGCACCGACGAGGUCACAAUCUUCCUUGGAAGUUAAAGCAAAGGACGACGACCGAGGUCAAGAAACGAGUCUACAUAUGCCCCGAGCCGAGUUGCGUCCACCACAACCCGGCUCGCGCACUAGGUGACCUUACUGGGAUCAAGAAGCAUUUUAGCCGUAAGCAUGGCGAGAAGAAGUGGAAAUGCGACAAGUGCUCGAAGAAAUACGCGGUUCAAUCCGAUUGGAAAGCUCAUCAAAAGACCUGUGGUACUAAGGAAUACAAAUGUGACUGUGGAACCAUCUUCUCGAGGAGAGACAGCUUUAUCACACACAGAGCUUUCUGUGAUGCAUUAGCUGAAGAGAACAACAAGUUAAACCAUGGAGCACUGAUGAACAAUAUCGGAUCAUCGAACCAACUGACGGAGCUGAUGCCAUCGAUGCCAAUGAGCAAUGUGAAUGCAUCUAUGGGAAUAUCUGAUUUCAACAACUUCGACUCGAAGAACACGCUCAAAUCUCUUCCUCAAGAGCUCGUACCGAUGCCGUUUAAGUCCAUGAACAUAGGAGGAGGCAUGUUUUCGAGCAGCUCGGGCAGUUUAUUCUGCGGUCCGAGAAGCAUUCCCUCGUCGCCCUCGAGCUUACAACUUAGUUCGAAUAGCUCAUCUAGCUUCAAUUAUUUACAGGACAGCAUAAGUGGUUGCCAAGUUUCCGGGUCACCCUACAUGUCUGCAACAGCUUUGCUACAGAAAGCAGCUCAAAUGGGUGCAACCGCAAGUAAUAGUAUAAACUCCAUGGUGGAUGGGAUUCAGCAACAGAAUACAUCAUCAUACGAUCAUUUCCCAUCACACACCGAUCAUCAGUCAAGCAUGGUUGGGAUCGGUCAAGCCCCUAACGAAAUGGCACAGCUUUUCAAUGUCACCACAGGAGCAAUGACUGAUAUGGGAAUGUUCACCACCAACAUGUUCAUGAAUGGAGCUGAACGAAACCAAGGCUUGAUGAACAACAUGGAACAUGGAGAUAACAGUGAUAGCUCCGGGCUAGUACAAGGAAGAUCCCAGGCAAUGGAAAGGAACUCGACGGUUCCGUCUGUGUUCGGAGUGAGCGGUGGAGGAAGUAACAUGACGACACUCGAUUUCAUGGGGAUCGGAGGGUCAAGGCCAACCAAUAUGCAUGAAGAACACCUUCAGCAACAUAGAUUGCCAAUGAUAAACCCUUUCCAACAACAGCUCCCACAUGGGGGAUUCAGUCAUUGAAAAGCCCAUCUGGGAUGUCUGAGAACCUACAGCUUUUGCCUUGAAGAUCUCAUUACUCUAGUAUGGUGACAAAGCUUAUAUU